AUGUUGAGGAAGAUGGUUGUGUGGAAGAACAAGCUCACGCUCGGCUUGACGAUAUGCUGCACAGAAUCCUGUGGGAGAAAAUCCGUACUCGAUGCGAACAUCAGGAUUUCGAUGCGUCCCUUGACUCCGAUGCAUGGAGCCCCAAUUUGCAAAGAUUCCUGGAGUAAACACAUCGCACUUGUGAACACAGAGAUGCGCGCAUACAAAGCAAGUGGCACAUGCGUCCAUCAUUGGGAGUACGAUGUCACCCACCGUGAACCCGGCGAUCUCUCCAAGUUCACAAGAGCUCUCGUGUAUCUGGACUUUCAUACGAAGAGUUGUGCCACGAAAGAACUGCAAGAUCUAGACCGCUAUUUCGGGUUGCUAGAAACAAAGACAAAAAGGAAAUUGAAAGCAUCAGCUUGUCUAGACGCCGUUACUGCUAAUAUUGCAAACGAGUGGAUGGCCAAAAACCAGAAUACUACGGGAAACAACAUCAGCCAAGGUGAAACUUUCAGAAACUUGAGACCGACGUUUUUUGAGGCCUGGAGGAAAGCAUGGCAUCAACUACAAGAGGAACAGACAGCAAUGGAAGAGGUCCUCAAGCUCUUUGCGUACAAACUACUAUAUGCAGGUGUGGAAAUAUGGAACUGCAAACCUAAAUGCAUGCAUGAUGAGAGCUUGUGUGAAAGCUUAGAUGCCGCGAAUGACGCAAUUCACACGUUGAACGCCUCACUCAGACGACAGGACGAAUCGAUUAGGGCUCUCAAGCUGGAAUUGAAAGCCGCAAAGGACAAAACUCUGGAAACAGAACGGAUGCUUAAGUACAGCAAGCGCGACGUAGAGAAGACUUACUACGAAGAUGUCCAGAAACGAGUCGAGAGUCGCGUUGCCGAUGUCAAAUUGGAGCUUUCUGAUAGGUUGAGCACUGCUGAAAGCAAGGCUUUGCAAUACGACAAAACAAAGGAGGAAAAUACAGCAUUGCAGCUACGUGUGGCGCGACUAGAGAAGGAUAGUGACAUACACCGUCAGGCAAGGGACGACUUCGAGCAACAAUUAAAAACAAGGGGCGAGGAACUGUCCCUGUUGAGAGAAGGCUAUGAGCAACUCAGGACCGAUGUCUCUAGACUUCAGGUGGACAAUAACACACUACAGGUGGACAUUGAUGAUCUGAAGGACGAACAAAAGAAGGUGAAGAGGGAGGGGGACGCACUGCGAGAGAAGCUGGAAUCUACCACUAUCUCAAAAAACGGCACGCCAUCCAUCAUGCCAAUUGUGGCCGUCACUUCCUUCGAUCGACAGAUUGCUGCACUCCAACAUCUGGACGGCCUUGUUUCGAUCUGGGAGAACGCCCUCCAUGCUGCUAUUGCAAAGAAAGACCAAUCACUAGCUGCAAAGACGGCGACGGGUAUCAAAGUGCGCGAGGCCAAAGCACAAGUAAUGCAACUCAAGAAUGCUCGUAAACCGCAGAACGAACAAAGCCCCAAGUCUGACGAGAGGGUCGGAAGUCCUGUCCCGAUUCCUGCGAAGACAACGGUGGCCUGGACUGCAAACACACCAAGACCUAACGAGCUACCCCGUCUAAACAAUAAGCCUUUGGUAGCAAAGGAAGCUUUUCCUGCCUUGGGAAGGCGGGUCACAGUCUCGCACAUGGGUGGUGGUAUAUUGGCCUGGAAGACGUUGCGUGUAGUUGAUGGCAAGGCAAAAGCAAAGAAAAGAGAGGAUGCGUCCAAAUGA